UGCUGCGUCCUCCCAUCCAACGCAGCCCCAGAUAACCUGCUCAGUCAGCUGGAGUCUCCUGCGGACAGCUGGCUCCCUCCCGCUCGGGCUCUCACUCUCAGCUGAGCGGAGGCUGCCAGGGAGCGCUGGCUGGGAGCGGGGGCGCAGCGGCGGCGGCGGCGGAGGGAAGGCGGGCGGCCAGAGGUGCAGUACCAGCAGCGGCUGUAGCCCCGGCAUCUGCCCCGUCCCCGGCCCUGUCCCUGCCGGCGGACUCUAUUGUUCUCGCUGUUUGUUCGGCGCCCUUUCUCCGCUUGCCUUCGGAAGGAAACAAUAGCCGGGAGUGGAGCCGGGCGCCUGGCUUUGGAGGCGGCCGAAGCGGCUCUUCGCACUUGCUCGCUCGGGCUGGGCACAGACACUCCCGACGCUCGGGACCCCCUUUCUCCUCCCGCCCCUCCUCUUGCGGCUGCUGCCUUCUCCAAGGCCUCGGACCGUGACCCCAAACCGGACCUUCAGGAGUGCGGGAGCCAUGGGGCAUCCGGGAGGGAGGGUGGCCCCCUGCUUCUGCAAGCGAGGAGGCGAGGGGCUUUUGCUCUUCGCUCUUCUCCUCGUACUCCUCCUCAUCCUCGGGGCCAGUGAGGCUGGGGCGCACGCUGGAUCGCAGACUUCUCUCCUCUAUUUGUGGAAGACCGGUCCCUGGGGCCGAUGCAUGGGAGACGAAUGUGGUCCAGGUGGCAUUCAGACCAGAGCAGUCUGGUGCGCUCAUGUGGAAGGCUGGACAACACUGCACACAAACUGCAAGCAGGCUGAGAAGCCAGACACCCAGCAGGAUUGUUUCAAAGUCUGUGACUGGCACAAGGAGCUAUAUGACUGGCACCUGGGCAGCUGGAACCAGUGCCAGCCUGUCAUGUCCAAGAGUCUGGUGAAGCCAGCAGAGUGCACCAAGGGUGAGGAGGGCAUCCAGACCAGAGAGAUCGCCUGUGUCCAGAAAGCCAACAGAAUCAGUGCUGAUGACAGCAUCUGUGAGUACUUUGAGCCCAAGCCCCUCUUGGAGCAAGCCUGCCUCAUCCCUUGCCCACAGGACUGCAUUGUGUCUGACUUCUCACCUUGGUCUGAGUGCUCCAAGACAUGUGGGAGUGGGCUGCAGCACCGGACACGGCACGUAGUGGCCCCCCCACAGUAUGGCGGCUCUGCCUGCCCCAACCUGACAGAGUUCCAGAUCUGCCAGUCCAGUCCUUGUGAGGCAGAGGAGAGCCUUUACAGCUUGAAUGUGGGGCCCUGGAGCACCUGCUCCAUGCCUCACACCAGGCAGAUAAGGCAGGCGAGGAAGCGAGGGAAGAACAAAGACCGAGAGAAGGACCGAGAGAAAGGAGUGAAGGAUCCCGAAGCCCGGGAACUCAUCAAGAAAAAGAGGAACCGAAAUAGGCAGAACAGACAGGAGAACAAGCACUGGGACAUCCAGAUUGGCUAUCAGACCCGGGACGUCAUGUGCACACACAGGAACAGCACAACUGUGGCUUUCAGCCUUUGCCAACAAGACAAGCUGCCUGUCACCUUCCAGUCCUGCGUGCUCACCAAGGAGUGCCAGCUGUCUGAGUGGUCUGAAUGGAGUCCAUGCUCCAAGACCUGCUUUGAUACGUCAUCCCCCAAAGGGAAUCGUGUCCGCACACGGACCAUCAAACAGUUUCCCAUUGGCAGUGACCAAGACUGCCCUGCCCUGGAGGAGAUUGAGCCUUGCCUGACCCAAAGAGAUGGGGUGGCACCAUGUGCUACGUAUGGCUGGAGAACUACAGAGUGGACUGAGUGUCGAGUUGACCCAUUACUCAGCCAACAAGACAAAAGACGAGGGAAUCAGACUGCCCUAUGUGGAGGAGGAAUCCAAACACGAGAGGUCUACUGUGUGCAAGUCAAUGAGAACCUCCUCUCUUAUUUGAACACACUCAAGGAAAAAGAAGAAAGUCAGUCUCAGAGCCCGUCGAAGGCUAGUGCUGCACCCCUCUUAUCCAUCACUUUUGAAAUCACAGCUUCCAAGCCAGUAGACUGGAAAUUCUGCACAGGGACUGUCCCAAACACCACUCAGCUAUGCCACAUUCCCUGCCCUGUUGAGUGUGCAGUGUCAGCGUGGUCAGCCUGGGGACCUUGUACCUUUGAAAACUGUGAUGACCAGCAGGGCAAGAAAGGCUUUAAACUGAGGAAGCGGAUGAUUACUAAUGAGCCUACUGGAGGAUCUGGAGGGACUAGUAGCUGCCCUCACUUGCUGGAAGCCAUCCCCUGUGAAGAGCCUUCCUGCUACGACUGGAAGGCAGUGAAGCUUGGAGACUGUGAGCCAGACAACAGAAGGCAGUGUGGUCCUGGAACACAAGUCCAGGAGGUGGUCUGCAUCAACAGUGAUGGAGAAGAGGUUGACAGACAGCUGUGCAGAGAUGCCAUCUUUCCAAUCCCUGUGGCCUGUGAAGUGCCAUGCCCCAAGGACUGUGUGCUCAGCACGUGGUCAGGGUGGUCCUCCUGCUCGCAUACUUGUUCUGGCAAAACAACUGAUGGGAAACAGAUGCGUGCCCGCUCUAUUCUGGCCUAUGCAGGGGAGGAAGGUGGCACUCCAUGCCCGAGCCACAGUGCCCUCCAGGAGACACGCAGCUGCAAUGAGCAUCCAUGCACUGUUUACCACUGGCAAACGGGCCCUUGGGGCCCAUGCAUUGAGGACAGCUCUGUCUCCUCCUUCAACACUUCUGCAGCUUGGAAUGGGGAGGCCACAUGCUCUGUCGGCAUGCAGACAAGGAAAGUCAUCUGUGUCCGAGUCAACGUGGGCCAAGUAGGACCUAAAAAAUGUCCUGAGAACCUUCGACCUGAAACGGUGAGGCCAUGUCUGCUUCCUUGUAGAAGGGACUGCAUCGUAACCCCGUAUAGUGACUGGACACCGUGCCCCUCCACCUGCAAAGAAGGGGACACCACAGUGAAGAAGCAAUCCCGGAACCGGGUUAUCAUUCAGCUGCCUGCGAAUGGAGGCCGAGACUGCCUGGAGGCGAUGUAUGAGGAAAGGGAAUGCGCAGCCCCCCAGGUCUGCCACAGCUUCAGGUGGAAGACUCACAAAUGGCGCCGGUGCCAGAUGGCGCCUUGGUCGGUGAGGCAGGACAGCCCCGGCACCCAUGAGAACUGUGGAGCCGGUCUCCAGGCCAGAGCCAUCACUUGUCGCAAGCAAGAUGGAGGACAGGCUGAUGUCAGUGAAUGCCUUCAGUACGCAGGCCCCUUACCAGCACUAACUCAAGCCUGCCAGAUCCCAUGCUUAGAUGACUGUCAGUUCACCAGCUGGUCCAAGUUUUCUUCAUGCAAUGGAGAUUGUGGUGCAGUCAGGACCAGGAAGCGAUCAAUUGUUGGAAAAAGUAAGAAGAAAGACAAAUGCAGAAAUUCUCAGCUCUACCCUCUGAUUGACACCCAUUUCUGCCCUUGUGACAAGUACAAUGCCCAGGCUGUGGGCAACUGGUCAGACUGCAUCUUACCUGAAGGCAAAGUGGAGGUACUUCUGGGUAUGAAGGUGCAGGGUGACAUCAAGGAGUGCGGACAGGGCUACCGGUACCAGGCCAUGGCGUGCUAUGAUCAAAACGGCCGGCUCGUGGAGACGUCCCGCUGCAACAGCCACGGUUACAUUGAGGAAGCCUGCAUCAUUCCCUGCCCCUCGGACUGCAAACUCAGCGAAUGGUCCAACUGGUCUCGCUGCAGUAAGUCCUGCGGCAGCGGAGUCAAGGUUCGCUCCAAAUGGCUUCGAGAGAAGCCGUACAACGGCGGACGCCCCUGCCCCAAGCUGGAUCAUGUUAACCAGGCUCAGGUGUAUGAGGUCGUCCCCUGUCACAGUGACUGCAGCCAGUACAUAUGGGUCAGUGAGCCCUGGAGCGUCUGCAAGGUGACUGUGGUGGACAUGAAGGAGAACUGUGGAGAAGGAGUGCAGACCCGGAAAGUGAGAUGCAUGCAGAACACAGCCGAUGGCCCCUUCGAGACAGUGGAGGACUAUCUUUGUGACCCUGAGGAAAUGCCGCUGGGUUCUCGCGAAUGCAAAUUGCCCUGCCCCGAGGACUGCGUUACGUCAGAGUGGGGUCCCUGGAGCAGGUGCUCACUGCCCUGCAAUCAAAGCACAUUCCGGGAAAGGUUGGCAGAUCCGCUAAGGCAGGCAGAUGAGGGGAAGCCCUGCCAUGACAUCACCGAGAAGGAGCCAUGUGUCCUAAAUAGGAACUGCUUCUACUAUGACUACAAUGUGACAGACUGGAGCACUUGCCAGCUGAGUGAGAAGGCAGUUUGUGGAAAUGGCAUCAAAACGAGGAUGCUGGACUGUGUUCGCAGUGAUGGCAAGUCUGUUGACCUGAAGUACUGUGAAGAGCUCAGCCUGGAGAAGACCUGGCAAAUGAACAUGUCCUGUGUGGUGGAAUGCCCUGUCAACUGUCAGCUUUCUGACUGGUCACCCUGGUCAGAGUGCACUCACACAUGUGGCCUGACAGGAAAAAUGAUCCGAAGGCGAACAGUAAUUCAGCCCUUUCAGGGAGAUGGCAGACCUUGUCCUGCACUGAUGGAACAAUUCAAACCUUGCCUGGUGAAACCCUGUUAUCGAUGGCAAUAUGGCCAGUGGUCAAACUGCAGAGUAGAGGAUGCUCAUUGUGGAGAGGGGACUAAAACCCGAAAUGUGUCUUGCAUAGUGAGUGAUGGAACAGCAGAGGAUCUCGGCAAGAUUGUGGAUGAGGAAUUUUGUGCAGAAAUAGACCCUGUGGUGGAUGGAAAUAAGAAGAUAGUGCUUGAGGCAACGUGCACGCAGCCUUGCCCUGGUGACUGUUAUUUGAAAGAAUGGUCAGCAUGGAGCUUGUGCCAGUUAACCUGUGUCAAUGGAGAAGAUCUUGGUUUCGGAGGGAUCCAGGUCCGAUCUCGAGCCGUCAUCAUCCAAGAACUAGAUAAUCAGCAUCUUUGUCCAGAACAGAUGUUAGAAACCAAAGCCUGUGAUGAGGGCCAGUGCUAUGAAUACAAGUGGAUGGCCAGUUCAUGGAAAGGGUCUUCUCGGACAGUCUGGUGUCAAAGAUCGGAUGGUCUAAAUGUAACAGGGGGCUGCCUGGUGACACGCCAGCCUGAGUCUGACAGGUCAUGUAACCCACCCUGCAGCCAGCCUCAUUCCUACUGCAGUGAGACUCGAGCCUGUGGUUGUGAGGAGGGAUACACAGAAGUGAUGUCCUCCGAUGGGACACUGGAGCAAUGCACCCUCAUUCCUGUGGUGGUCAUCCCCACUGUCGAGGACCAAAAUGGAGACGUGAAAACGAGCCGAGCUGUGCACCCCACACAGCCUUCUGGGAACCCAUCAGGACGGGGACGGACCUGGUUUCUGCAACCAUUUGGGCCAGACGGGCGACUGAAGACCUGGGUGUAUGGCGUGGCGGCAGGGGCCUUUGUCCUACUCAUCUUUGUUGUGUCUAUGAUCUAUCUAGCCUGUAAAAAGCCAAAGAAACCCCAGAGAAGGCAGAACAACCGCCUGAAACCUUUGACCUUGGCUUAUGAUGGCGAUGCAGAUAUGUGAGCUUUCAUUGUUAUUUGCGAUGACCAGCUUCUGCCUCCUGCCUUUAAAAUAGGUGUCCAGAGGUCGUGAGAGUGUUCGACUUGUGUGGAUAAACAUGCAUUUUGACCUCUCCUUUAAAAUGCAUCCUAGAACAGAAGAAUGGACUUCCCAGUGACGGUGGGGAUGCUUGCGAUGGUAGUAUGUCAAACUCAGCCAUCAGCAUGGACAAUUCUGGCAGACAGCCUAAUUGAAGAAACCUGACUCUGAGUGAUUUCUGUCAUCUUUUCUGCAAAAGCUGCCAUCUGGGUCCUGUUGUAAGGAUGGCACCUGAUGCCAAGCUUGAUCAUCAGUGUUAACUAAACCAUUAUAACCUGUUAGCAUGAAGAGUUUCUACUGAGCACUCUACCACAUGCUAGAUUUGAACAUAAUAACCUGUAUAGCAACUCUGUUGACUCACACUAUUACUCUGUCAGAUUAUAUCCUUUGUAACAAGCCACUUUAUGCUGGCAAAGCAUAAACUCUAAACAGAGUGGAUUAACCUAUUGAGAAAGCCAAACAACUUGGCAGUUGAUAGCAGCAGUCGUUGAACCCCAUUUCAGGAGGCAGAGACUCAGUUUGAAGACAUCAGUCUUGUCCUGCUCCCAAGUGUCAGCGCCAGCCAGCCAUGCACAUGCAGGUAUCUAGAAAGACAGUGUCUUCAAAGUUAGUGUUUUUGAGUGGCUCACUUCUGGAAAAUGGAUUGUCUUUAGUUGACACAAUAGAUUUCUACUUUGCCAACUCCUCAACUUCCUGCCUGCAUCUUUUUUUCUCUCUCUCUUUCUGGAAGGCACAUUUUUGCACUAUAUUAGUGCAGCAUGAUAUGCACUGGAUGAGGCUCUAUCAAAAUGGCCUCUUUUCAUAAGGAUGAUGGCACCUGGAGCUAGGAGCAUCAUAGAGACAUUAACCAGGGAGCUAAUUCACCCUGAAGAGAGUGGAGCUCCUUUGGGGCAGCAACGAAGUAGAGCUAGCACACAACUUGAGUCCAUAGAGAACAGCCUCAUCCUGGAGACCAUUGAAUAACUAAGAACAUGGUGGGGAUUUCAUGUCGAAUUUCCCCAGCUCACCUCUGAAGAUGGAGUUCCCUUUGGCUGGUUUCUAAUUGUAUGUUGAAGGCUCUUUAAGACUAGGUUUUUUUAUAUUGCUAUCUUUGUUUAAAAAAAAAGAAAAAGAAAAGAAAAAGUGGCAGCCCUUUUCAUUCUGAGGAACCUGAAGGAACACUUGCAUCGUUUUCCAAACUAGAAGAAUUUUGAAUUUCUUGGUGAUUUUCAUUCUUUGGUUUCUCUUCUCUGACAUUUGGCUGCUUUUGUCUUUUUCAUCAGUCCCAUCUGAGGGGAGCUCUCAUCACAGUGAUUCAGACAACACUGACAUAAAGCCGACCUGCAUCUUCACUGUUCAGGGCCUCAGUAAAUAGUCCGAUGGUUGGGGUUUUCCAGGCUGGCCUCCCUGAGGGCCCCGUCUGUAUUCCUUUUAUUCUUGCCCCUAUUCUACCACCCACCUUCUACGAUGUGCUCAGUCAGUGUUUGCCUCAUUCCUUCUUCCAUGAUUCCACUCUCCCCAUUGGACUCAGAAGUGGCUGGGCCAUGCACAAAGGCAGGGCUUGGUAGGACUGACCGUCCCUAGGCUGGGGGAAGGUGGACAGUGCUUGAGAGGGGCGCUAAUGAAGCAGUACACUGGAAACAUGGAUCAGGCCACUCUGACUGAAAAGUCAGGUCUUUAGUGAACAAGCCAAUCCAUUCCAUCCUCAAGAAAACCAACCAACCAUGUUUCAGAGUGAGAGCUCUAGGAAGCAAGGCAUCUUCCCUUCUUCCUGGAGUUGAUCUUCCUCUAGUGGACAUCUAGAGUACUUGACAAAGCCUGAGGAUGACCUGGACGGCCAGGCAGGAACAUCUUCCUCUGUCCCCACAGUGGAGUGUUCUCUAUUUACAUCAUCAAACAUUAUCAGUAGAAUAUGUUAAGUACCUGCUUUAUCCUCGCUCUGUCAGCUGCUGUAAGUCUCAUGAGAGAUCUGAUGUUUCUGGGUAGGUAGAUUUCAUUUCUUCAAAGAGAGAAAAAAAAAUAAAAACAGAAAUCCACUUACCAGCUUUAUUUAUCAGAAAGGCAGGUAAAAAUAAAUCAAUAAAGUGUUGUUAUUACUCCAGGGCAGUGUUCCUAAAAGUGUACUCUCAGGGAGGCUUCCAGAAUGAUCUUCUGUUUGGACCCUGGCAGUACAAAAAAAAAAAACCCUUUCAUUUAUCCAAAAUACACCCAAGGCAAUAAGUUAUUCUGGUUAACUGAACACCCUAGUAAUAAUACUAACAAUAGCUGUCAUUUAUAUAGCACUUUAAAGGUUUGUGGGGCACUCGUCUCACUGAGCCUCACUACAAUCCUGUGAAGGAGGCACCAUCGUGGUCUCUGUUUUGCAGAUAAGGAACCCGGUUCUCCAGGAGUGAAAAGCACUUGCCUAGGGUCACACAGCUAGCACAGCUCUGUGGCAGAAUUGGAGCCCAGGUCUUCUAGUUCCCAAUUGCAGUGCUAUCCAUUAGACCAUAAUUCCUCUGAUCCUCUGCCUGGCAGAUUACUGUAGGUGACUGAUGUACAUCUGUGAAGGGGGCUUGGCAAGUAAGCCGCUGGGUGUGAGCAUGCCACUCUGGCCACUUUCUGCUAUGUAAAAUUGAAGUGUUUCUGUUCAUAAAUUAUUUAACUUACUUAGUAAUUCCUGCCCACAUGUUUUAUAAAUAUUGGUCCAGAUACAAGCCUUAUUUUUUCCCAGAACUUUGGCUUUGAUAAAACUGAAUAUGGCUUAUAAACUUUUUAUAUAUUUUUAUAUUUUUAAGUGUCUGUCUAUAGCUUUUUUCCCCUUUCAAAAAAAUCCUCAUUGUAGAGCUGUGUGGGCCCUCCAUUUGGAUCAAUAUCAUCUACAUGUAGAACCAAUUUUAAAAUCACUGGAAUCUUAUAAGGAGCGCUGGCACAAAAGCUACCCAGAUGAUAAAGGGUUCUUUCUUUGGUAGCUCAGAAGGCUUUCUAAGAUCAUACAGAGCCUUAGGGAGAUCCUACAUAAACUCUGCUCUGAGAAUCUGAUGAAAUUACAGACUUGCCUUCCAAAGUGCACAGGACUUAUGUGAAGAGGGUGAAUUCCCCUUGGCCAGGACUGGGGCAGGGCAUGAGUUUGGGCUGACUGUCUUGGGGAAAGUUUUGGGGUUUUUACAGCAUAGCCCUUGUUCCCACUUGGGAACUUCCAUCUGGAUAUUUCUUAGCAGAGUGGGGUGUGACCUAGAGUCUGGGUUGGUUGGAUCUUGGAUAAGUGGAAGUUUAUUAGACUCUGACUUAGAAGAGAUCCUCUCUGUGUUUGGGGCCUGAAUUCAUUCAUUUAGUGCUUCAUUGGUGUUUCAUCUGAGGCCCCCUCCUGGUUCACUUCCUUUUGGUGAUUUGGAAUGAGGAGGAAAGGAGGAAUGGGAAGGGGGCAGCCCCACUAGGGGGCCCCCAGGACCUGGAAGGAGAGCCACUGGGCAGAUACAGGAAUGAGAUUUUAAUAUUAUUUAAAAACUAAACCUCAGCAGAACAUUCUAUGGACUUGUUGAAUGGUUUCAAUACAAACUGUCUAGAAGGAGGGUCCAAAUGGUACAAAGUGAUCCAUUAAUUUGUGCACUGAUAACUAAUCUGAGAUAAUGGUUAGCAGUUUAGCAGAGCCAAGCCCCUCCCCCAAAUUCUGAAGUCCCUGAGGCCAAUUCAACAUGGGUUUCAGUCCUUAAGUGAAGCAUCAGUAUCCUGCCUUUCCUUCCUUUCUAACAAAGCACAAGAAUGAGACAUAUGCUGAGAUGCAGAAAUCAUUGGGACUUUGGGAUCACAUAGAUGUUUGGCCAUUAAAAUGGGAACUUGGUAGCUCACUAAGGCCCUCAGAUUUGUUUUCCUGGGCACCCCAACACUGUUCAGUUUUCAACAUAACACGUGUUUUGGAAGAGGGAAGUCAGACUGCUGUGUUCCAUUUUGUCACUCAGUCCUCGGGGGAUCAGGUCUCUGUGGACUAUCCUGGGACGUAGAUCAGUUCCUUAGGUCCCAACAGGGGAGACCAAGCAGGAACCAAGAUCCAGGGGUUCCAUUUUGGCCAUUCUUCCCCAUAUCUUCAGUUUUUCACAACAACUCUCUCUGUCCUUUUUCCCCCGACUCCCUCCUCCCCCACUUCUAGGCCACCCAAGUCACCACCCAAUUGAAUCAGGCUAUGGUCCUGAAAUAACCAUCAUUUUCCAAUUUGUGUUUCACACCUUUUGCCAGAACAAACAUAACCUGGGUUAUAGUCCCAUCUCUAAUUCUGACUACCUGUACGACUUUGGCAAAGUCAUUUAGUAUUCCUGAGCCUCAGUUUCCACCUCUAUAAAAUGAGGGGGUUAGACUAAAUAGUCUGUGCAUUGCCUGGCAGCUCAGUAUUCAUAGACCUACAUACAUUUUUCCAAUUGGCUUCAAGCAAGGAAAGCAAGAAAGAGAAUUUGACCAGAGUGAAGGGUUGUGGGGGGAUGGGGGGAGGGAGAGAGAGACAGAGACAGAGACAGAGAGAGACUUUAUGUGUGUCAGGAUGACUGAACUGCAUUGUUGCCAUCCUAUCUUGGUCAUAAUCCCCUCCAUCCACCACUUUCUACUAUGUCAGCAGAUCAAUUACCACAAAAAAGUGCCAUGCACUAAACCACCAGGGGUACCAGGCACCUGAACUCCUCCAGAAAGAACAAUGAGCCCAGGGUGGUUUGGAGAGAGCCUGAGAUCUAGAAUGACUCAGCCAUGUGUAAUCUAGCUCUCUCGCCAGGAAAGCUAUAAAUGGACAUAGAAACUCCUCAUGAGGUCAGGGAUUCUGUACCUUCUAUAUUCUAUAAAUUCACAGCUUUACCUCUGGGACCAGCCCUUCUCUAGUUCCUGAGCUCAACAUUGUUGGUCCUCAAGAGAGGUAGCCUGGGGAGACCAAACCUCUCUGCAGCUUUUAGAAAACCGCCCAUUGGUCUUUUCCAUGCUGCAUUUUGUGAUUCCCUGGUUUCUUAGCAUCCUUCACUGCUGAGCCCGCUGGUCACUGCUUUUCAAUAAAAUACUGUAAUAAAAAAGCGAUGUUCCCCUUGCCCCUCCCAUUCUGUGGCGCCUGUGGCCACCAGAAGUGACCCACUGCAUCUAAAUCCAUGUAAAAUAGGCCUGGAUCAAAAAAAGCUGAAACCUCUGUAAGUUGUAAUCCUGAAGACCUCAUUUUACCCAGUUAAAUUUACUUGAAUAUUUAUUUUGUAACAGAUGAGGCAGCUAAGACUUUUUGUCACGGUUGAUUUGUGAAUUGUGUGAUCACAUUCUUUUUUUCCAUUGUGUCUAUUUCUUUCUAAUGCGCAAAACAUUUUCGUCCCAUGGCUGCAAAGCACUCAGCUUGUCUUGUCCCUAAGCUUUAUUCAGGUAUUCAGAAGGCAUGUGAAGAUGUAAGAGGCAGUUUUACAUUUUCAUUUGGGCAAUUUGUAAAUAACUGUAUUUGUUGACAAAUAGAAACACGGAAACAAUUUUCAUUAAAAUUA